AUGACUUCUGUGGUGUCCUUUGAGAAUGCUACAUUCAUUCGUCCCUCCACUUUUUAUAUCAGUGGAUUGUACAACAUGCCGCAUACAAAGUAUUACUAUAUGUUUUUGUGCUUUGUGUAUGCUGUGACUCUUUUAGGGAAUUCUUUUAUUAUGGGUACUAUAUACCUGGCACGUGCUCUGCAUACAGCUAAGUAUAUAGCUGUCUUCAACUUGGCCUUGUCGGAUCUGUUUGGAAGCUCUGCUAUAAUUCCGAAGUAUGCAGAUAUGUUUCUACUUGAGAACCAGUACAUAUCUUUUGAAGACUGUCUGACAAGCAUGUUUUUUAUUUUGCUUUUUAUGACAAUGCAAUCUUUUACUCUGCUUGCUCUCUCCUUUGACAGAGUAAUUGCUAUAUGUUUUCCUCUGAGGUAUCAUGCUAUUGUCACCAAAACCACAAUGACUCUGAUCAUUGGUGUUAUGUGGCUUGUCUCUGUAUCUGUAGUUACUGUCCGUGUAGCUCUGAUUACCAGACUGUCCUUCUGCAAAUCUACUACAGUUUAUAGCUAUUUCUGUGAUCACGGCCCCAUCUACAGACUAGCGUGCAAUGAUAGUUAUUUUAAUUACAUAAUAGCAUAUGCCAAUGUUGCUAUUGUGCUUUGCAUUCCAUUAACACUCAUAGCUUUCUCAUAUGUUUGUAUUGGCUUUGCACUGCUUAAGAUCUCACACGGUGCAGAGCAAAUUAAAGCUAUGAAAACCUGCACUUCCCACCUCAUAUUAGUGGCCAUGUUUUAUCUGCCAAUCAUUAGCGUUUAUAUCACUUCUCUUACAACAUACCUACAUCCAAAUACUAGAAUAAUCAACUCAGUUCUAACACAAACAAUUCCACCCAUGUUAAACCCCAUCAUAUAUACGCUGAAGACAGAGGAGGUAUUGCAGACUGUUAAAGCACUUUGCAAACGAGUGAAAGUGAACUAUGCAAUGCAAGAGCCAGUGAAAAGCCUUGCAAAGAAUUAA